UUAGUUGGUGACAAAUAAAGAUGUAAAUGAGGUGCUAAUAACAUUUAAUUAUUUGAAAAAAAAUAAUAAUACACUUGGCACGUGCCUAUUGUCCCAUACGGAACACUGAAAAAGCCGGCUAAGCAUAAACAUCAGAAUCCUCAAUCACUUCGAAGUCAGUAAUUUAUCCUUGUCUCCUACUACCCAACGUCUCUUUCUCAGUCCAAAAACCUCCUCACGUUUACACAGUCAAAACCAAUUCAAUCCCCAAACCACCCUUACCUUCCUCCAAGGAAUACCAAAAAUGAACCGGCCUGUAAAGGUCAUUUCAGUAACUUCACUAUAUCAUCAGUCAUAAACCCUCGCCUCCGCCGGCUUAUUAUCCCUUUUAGCGCCACUUUUCAAGUGUUUGUUUUUCUUCUCAUCCCUUAUCGGUAACUAACAAACAUUCCCAAAUCCUCUCUCUCUCUCUCUCUCUCUCUCUCUCACACACACACACAUACACAAUGAAGACGGACGGCGGUGAAACCUUAGUUUCCGACCAAUCUUCAAAGCAACGGAAGCCGAAGUCCCGUGAAGUGAGUUCUCGCUUUCUCUCAUCGAGCAUCACACCUUCCAUUGAAAGUCCAAACCACACUCUCUAUCCACUCCGAGCAAAACCCAGAUCAUCCACCGAUAGCCAAAAGCACCGAAGCCUCGAAUCUUCAGGUUUUGUACUAGGGCUUUGGCCAUCUUCUGGUUCAUCAUCAUCAUCUUCAUCUUCUUCUUCUUUGAGUAAAAAACAAAGCACUCUCGCUGAUCAUCUUGGAAUUGAGAGAAUUAAAGGCCAUGAAAAGUCUGAGAAGUCGAUGUUCUUCAACAGACAAAGAAGCUGCACGGAGUUUAGUAGGUUUGAGAACGAGAAAUCAAUCGCCAAAGAAAAUCAUAAACCAUUCUUUGGUGGGUCGAUGAGGUAUACCGGAAAAUUCAGGUUUCCGGGAAAAUCAUCGAAUUCAUCAUCGGCGUUGUCAAAAUCGUCGAGUUUAGUCGAUGAUCACGAUCAUACAGUUCCCGGAAGGUUUUCGGUGGAUUCAAAUGCGCUUCGGAUGAAUUCACUUCCUCGAAUAUCUGAUAUCUUAACAGAAACACAAGAUUCAGAGUCCGAGUGCAGUGACAUAUGCUCCGGCUCGAGUUUUGAAUCACCGGUAAUCGGAAAAAGGUUUCCGGCUUCCUAUAUGGCACCGACGGUGAGCUCAAGAAAGGCCGGUAAAGUGGUUUCUUCAAAAUACAUGAACGAUUUGCCAUCAAGGUCUCGGCGGUGGACUGUUGAUUCUAGCACUCAACACCCAGUUUCAUCGGACAAUUCUCCCAAGAAAUCGGCCAUAAAAAACUCAAUGAAGCGGACAAAUUCGCUUACUACCUAUGGGUCUACGACGUCGCAGUGGGCCUUGUCACCGGCGAGGUCAAGUUCGCCGCCAGUGUCGACUGAGAGCAAGGGAACUUCGAUGUCGUUUUCGAGUUUGAAGCCUCCGACGAGUCCGUACAACGCUAAAGGUGUUGGGAAUUUGCUGAGUAGGGGGCUUGAAUUGUUUAAGGUUAAGAAAGCUUCUUCAAGUACUAGUUCAUCUCCUCUAGGGCCUGCCAUGACAGAGAGCUUUCAUCAGAUCAGACUGUUGCAGAAUAGGUUGGUGCAAUGGAGGUUUGCUAAUGCUAGAGCUGAGGCUGUGAAUCUGAGCUUAGCUAAUCAGGCAGAGAGUAACUUGUCUUAUGCCUGGAAUGGACUUGCAAAGUUGCAACAUUCUGUACUACAAAAGAAGUUGCAGCUAGAGAAAGAGAAGCUGCAGAUGAAACUGAAUAUUGUGCUUCAUUCUCAAAUUAAGCCAUUGGAAGCUUGGGGAGAUAUGGAAUGGCAACACCUAUCAGCAGUAUCUAUGACCAAAGAUUGUUUGCACUCUGUUGUUUGUAGGGUACCCCUUAUUGAAGGGGCAAAGGUGGAACCACAACUAGUUUCGGUUGCAAUACGACAUUCCUCAGACCUUGCAGCAUCCAUGAAGAUGAUGUUAGCUGCUUCUUCAUCCGCGGCUGAGAAGACGGUGUCAAUGGUUUCGGAAUUAGCAGAGGUAGUCGCACAAGAGAAAUCCCUAUUGGAAGAGUGCUUAGAGCUUUUCAAGAUCAUUUUGAAGCUAGAGAUGCGAGAGUGGAGCUUAAAGUGUAAUAUUAUUCAACAGAAAUUGUGGCAGCAACAACAACAACAACAUGAUCGAAAUGAGAUUUGUGCAUAACUUCUUUUAUUCUUGGUCUAACAAUAAUGCUAAUUAUUGAUCUCUCCGACAACUCAACGAGGACAAGAGAGAGAGAGAGUGUGUGUGUGUGUGUGAGAGAGAGAGAGAGAGAGAGAG